CCCUGCGACCCCCGCGCGACCCCGCGACCCCGGCUGGUUCGGUCACCAUGCCGCGCUCUUUCCUCGUCAGGAAGUCCUCCGGCCCCCGCCGGAAGCCCAACUACAGCGAGCUACAAGACUCUUCUCUAGAGUUCACCUUCCAGCAGCCCUACGAUCAGGCCCACCUGCUGGCCGCCAUCCCCCCGCCUGAGGUCCUCAACCCCUCGGCCUCGCUGCCCAUGCUCAUCUGGGACUCUCUCCUGGCACCCCAAGUCCAGCCAGUUGGCUGGGCCUCUCUCCAGCCCCAGGAGGGCCCCAAGGCUGCUGAGCUGACCUCCUUGUCCGACGAGGACAGCGGGAAGGGCUCGCAGCCCCCCAGCCCGCCAUCUCCUGCUUCUUCGUCUUUCUCCUCCACCUCAGCCUCUUCCCUGGAGGCUGAGGCCUAUGCUGCCUUUCCAGGCUUGGGCCAACUGCCCAAACAGCUGGCCCAGCUGUCCAUGGCCAAGGACUCGCAGUCUCGCAAGGCCUUCAACUGCAAGUACUGCAAUAAGGAAUACCUCAGCCUGGGUGCCCUCAAGAUGCACAUCCGAAGCCACACCCUGCCCUGCGUCUGCGGCACCUGCGGGAAAGCCUUCUCCCGGCCCUGGCUACUGCAGGGCCAUGUCCGGACCCACACCGGUGAGAAGCCCUUCUCUUGCUCGCACUGCAGCCGUGCCUUCGCCGACCGCUCCAACCUGCGGGCACACCUCCAGACCCACUCCGACGUCAAGAAGUACCAGUGCAAGACAUGCGCCCGGACCUUCUCCCGCAUGUCCUUGCUCCACAAACAUGAAGAAUCGGGCUGCUCAGGGGGCCCCCGCUGACCCUGGAAGCUCCCUCUGCCUCUCUGGACCUCCCCCUUUAAGUGGCCUCCCUCUGCUCCAGAAGGACGGACUCUGCGUCCUUCUCACUGCCACGGGAUUCCGUGAGUGCCUCACUUCCGGCUGUGCGUGAAGGCCCUUUCAGUUCUGAUCCUUAUGCUCGGGGCGCCCAGUGGGCUCUGGAGAGGUUUCAUGGUGGCCAGUGCUGGGGAGGGCCACCUGCAGGGGAGGCCGCUCCUGGCAGCUGAGCUCGUACAUCCCCGGGUCGCCUCCGUGAGUGUUUCCAGAGCAGUUUGGGAACGGCUGCGUGGGGCUGCAGGACAGGAGCCGGGAGCCAGUGGACUGACCAGGACGCUCCGCCCCGCUCAGGUCCCCACCCCCUUGCCCAGGAACCUUGAGGCCACCCUCUCUGAGGUGUGACUAACUAUGCAAUAAUCCAUCCCCAGGUGCGUCCACGGGCCUGUCGGGGCAGUCGCAGGACACAAGGACGUGUCUAGACCUCCAUGUGCCCCUGAGCCUGGGGCAGCUAUUUCAGCCUCUGUUUGUCACAGUGGCACCUGUUUCACAGGCAAUUUGAUGGUGUCUCAAAAAGGACUGUGAGUAAUGGCCAUCACUUGUUGGGGGCCAGAGUGGGGCACUUCAGCCUGACCAGUGCGUCUCCCAGAACUGUUGUGGGGGCCCAACGGGUGGGCCUGGGAGGAAGAUGUUUACAUUUUUUAAGGUACACUGGUAUUUAUAUUGCAAGCCGCAUUUUGUAUUGAGGAAACGUUUUGUAUAGUUAUAUGUACAGUUUAUUGAUAUUCAAU